ACUAUUCAACUCAAUUCUCAUCAAUUUCACUCAAAAUCAAUUAUGGAGGAAUUUUCUGUGCUGUCUUUCUAUUCACGCUAGACAGGAACGUAAGCCAUCUUUCAAAAUGAAAAAAAAGCAUUCAAACUUGAAAAAUUUUAUAUCUGGGGGCGCAGGUGGUAUAUCAUUGGUAUUUGCUGGACAUCCUUUAGACACCAUCAAGGUGAGGUUACAAACACAGCCACAUCCAAAGUUUGGAGAGCUACCACAAUUCAAUGGGCUGCUUGACUGCGCAUAUAAAACAAUAAAAAAUGAGGGAUUUAGAGGACUCUACAAAGGUAUGGGAACACCCUUGUUGAUAGCUACUCCAAUGUGUGCUGUUGGUUUUUGGGGUUAUGGUGUUGGAAGGGCUCUCCAAACUUCAAGAGACAGUUUAGCACUCAGCAAUUUCCAAAUAUUAAAAGCUGGAAUGCUGUCUGGGUUUUUAAUUUCAUUCAUGAAUGCUCCUGGCGAGAGGAUAAAGUGCUUGCUUCAGGUGCAAAAAGGAUCAGGGUCAUCAAAAGUGAAAUUCAAAGGACCUGUUCAUUGUGCUGUUCAAAUUUACAAAGAAUCUGGCUUAAGAAAAGGUCUUUACAAAGGAUUGGGGUUUACAUUGUUAAGAGAUAUACCAGCCAGUGGUGCAUACUUUGUCACAUAUGAAUAUGCAAUCAGAAAUUUAGGAAUAGAAGGCAAAAGUAAAAGUCCUUGGAAAAUUAUUUUAGCUGGAGGCUCAGCAGGAAUUCUAGCAAACAUCGUUGGCCUUCCAGCUGACGUUAUGAAAUCAAGGUAUCAGACAGCGCCCGCUGAUAAGUACAGAAGAGGAUUAAUGAAUAUUGCUAUGCAAACUCUACGUGAAGAGGGCUUGCAAGCCUUUUUUCGAGGUGCGACUCCGAUGUUGGCGAGAGCUUUUCCAGCAAAUGCGGCUUGUUUCCUGGGCUAUGAAGCUGCAACUAUGUUACAAGACAAAUUCUUUUAAAUUCUUCGCGCUGUUUUUAAUGUGUAUUUUGAUAUAGGUGUAUAGUUUAAAAUAUGUAUAAAACUGUAUUUUUAUUUAGAAUGCAUUUAGCUUUUAUAAAGUUCAUAUCAUUAGCCAAUAUUGCAAUUAGCUUUUUUGUUGUUGGAUUUGUGGUUUAUUUUGUAAGAAAAAGGAUAGUUAUUUUUCUAUUAUCUUUAAGUAUUAUCGUUUUGAAUAUAUCCUAAAGAUCUGCUAUUUUGGUAAUUAAAAUUUAAAUUUACUGUUUAAAAUGUUUAAUGUAUCCUAUGUUAAGUCUAGACAUGAAUAAAUGGCUUUAUUUUUUGCUCAUUACCAAAUGACCUUUGCAGUAAUGAGUGCCUGCGGAUAGUUCUGGAGACAAUCGAAUAUUUGCUAUUAAAUAGUACUGAAUAUUUUCUAUCAAAUUAGAUUGUUUUGAAUAGAAUUGCAUAGUAUUUGUCUUAUUUUAUUACCUUCUUACACCAAGAAGGUGGUUGUAGGGUCGAGUAUGUUUGCUUCAAUGUAGUAGGGUUCAUUCUUCUUAGGUAGGGUUGGUUUAACGCAUCGGUAUGAACUUCUUCUUGAAGUUCCUGUGAAUCAAAAUAAAUAGGGCAAUGAUCAUAUGAACAGGUGGAAGCGAGUUUGCAAUUCGUCACACAACUUCUUUGCUUGUCUGGUAACAUACAAUAAAUUCGUAUAUGAACCUUCUAUAAAAUUUUGUUUUGGACCAUCCUUUCUGAAAUGUCACAAUUGAACGCCUCUAAAUGUGCAAAUAAAGUUAUUUAUGUCGCUGUGAUAAGACUUUUGAAAAACCUGAAGUUGGCAAGCAACCAUAUGGAUAGCUCCAUUUUUUCUAACAUUAAUUUUUUUCCAACGACACUGAUGCGUACAUACAAAAUAUUUUUUUAUUCCUAUAUUUUACAAAGCAGACAUUAGCAAUCUGUUUUUUGUUCACUCCUUUGGUUGUGAUUUGCUGUUUAGCCAAUUUCUUCAAGAAUCCCAUCAACAUUGAUCGCAAAGUUGUGUGUUUUUGUAUGGCCCCUUCCUUGACAACUACACGUAAGACAGCAAUCGAUCAUGUUAGGUCAAAACUCUCAGAAUUGUAGAUAUUUAUAAGUUGGUUGUAAAUUCAUUUUCAAAACCUGCAAAUUUUAUUUUUAAAGUGUUUAGUGGUAUCAUGAUAAAGCUAGAGUGUGUUUUAGAAGUUGAACCAAAAGGAAACAGUCCGACAAUCUUCAAUGGCCCCUUCAUAGAUUUGGUUGUAAUGGCACAGGAGCCGGGCAGCUUUAAAGGCACGCGUACCUCCCCCCCCCCUCCCUCCGACACACACAAACACACAAACUGCGUCUUUACCAUAUAAUAUAGUGACAUUGCAUCGUUAAAGCACUUUGCUUCAUGCCCCAAUAUUAGCUACAAACAAUGCCUCUUUUCUUCAUGCCCCUCCACUUUUCGACACGUUCCCAUUUUAUGCCCCAACUUUGUUUUCAGCAUCCGUUCUUGGGACGGGAGGGCAUCAAUGUUAGCGACAUAGCGACGGGUAGCAAACAACACAUUUUUAAGACAAAGUUCAUCACUAAUGAUAGUACCCUGGGCACUAGACUCACUCUAUAUAAAAUAGGAGAGUGACAUCAGAUAGUGCUCAAGAAAAAGGGCACGAAUGACACUUCGCUCGAUUAAAAUUAUCUCGUGUGCGCCUAGCACAAAACACAUUCAUUUUUGAUGUGGAAUGUGCGUUGACGGAUUUAGCGGGGGGUGUAGGGGGUGCGACACCCCCACCCCAAUUUUUCUGUGUCCUUCGGUAAAUUUUGCUUCAUUCGGUAAAAAUCAUUUGUUAGUAGUCAGUAGUAACAAAGUAAAUCCAAAAUUUUACUUUUUAUAUCUUCUUAUCAGUAUUUAUCUUCUUAAAAGUAGCGUAGCGGGGGGAGGAGGAGUAUUCUGAAACGCAGGAGACCCUCCUCUAUAACUUCACAGAAUGUUCAACAAUUUCCCCUCGUUUCGGGGUUUGUAUAAAUAAGUCCUUCACAUUCUUGAGACAUUCCCGAUAAAAUAGAAACUAAAAUGUCAAAGCAGUCCAAUCCUUAAAAAACUGGAUUCUGAAAUGCUUGUCAUGGAUUUUGCUCCAAGGAGAACGGACUUGGUUUAAAACUUUUAAAGACUGUUUGUUAUUUUUAGAUAUUUGAUUAAAACUUUGGAAAAUCACUUUUUACACGUAGUGCUUCCUCGCCUUACACAAUUCAGGAUAUAAACGUUAGUGGAAUUGUGAAGGAAAUGGACUGUUAUAGAAUAUUGAAUAUGGUCAGCAACAAAACGCUACAUACGACGUUGUAUAAUGGGAAAUUCCCACGUGAUAAAUGCCAUAGCUUUUCCAAAUGCAUUUACAAAAUGGGUGUUUCCCCUAAUUCUUAGGGAUCUGGUCAGCAAAAAUUUGCUCCUCUUUU